GCUUUAUAAAGGCAGGCCACACCAAAGGAGUGAAGUUACACAGACUGGCCCUUUAAACUCCCUGUCAGGUCAAAUACGACUAAUUGGUGACAUUUUCUCUCUGCGUCUGAUAUUUGAGAUUUUAAUUUCAGAAGAGUUUGUGUUUUUUUGUUUUGUUCUGCGGUCGUCAAUGGAUUUGCCAGACUUUCCCUUCCCUCUCUCAUCAGCUGAUGACCUCUAUGACCCCUGCUUCAACACCAGCGACCUGAACUUUUUCGAUGACCUGGACGCACGGCUGACGCACGGCGGCCUGCUGAAGUCGGAGGAUCAUCUCCAUCACCACGUGCCAACAGCGGAGGAGGAGGACCAGCACGUGCGGGCCCCCGGGGGCCUCCACCAGGGGGGCCACUGCCUGCUGUGGGCCUGCAAGGCCUGCAAGAGGAAGACGACGCACGCCGACAGGAGGAAAGCGGCGACGAUGCGGGAGAGACGGCGCCUCAGUAAGGUGAACGACGCGUUUGAGACGCUGAAGCGCUGCACGGCCUCCAACCCCAACCAGCGGCUGCCCAAGGUGGAGAUCCUGCGGAACGCCAUCAGCUACAUCGAGUCCCUGCAGGCGCUGCUGCGGGCCGGCCAGAGCGACGGUGGAGGCGGCUUCUACCCGCAGCUGGAGCGCUACGGCGGCGAGUCGGACUCCUCCAGCCCCCAGUCCAGCUGCUCCGACAGCAUGAUGGAUUUCAUCUCUCCCUGUUCGGCCAGCAGUGAAAACGGAAACACUUCCUGUGGAAAACAAACAGCAGACGGUUGCAGCAGCAGCACCAAGUCGCCGCUCAUUUCCAGCUUGGACUGCCUGUCCAGCAUCGUGGAGCGGAUCAGCACCGACCGGGCCGUGGCCCCUGCCGGGGACAGCGUGGUCCCUCAGGGGGCCGAAUCACCUCAAGACGGCUCCGGCGUCUCUUCUUCACCUGCGGAUCUCGGCAGCAUCUACGAGCCAAUCUCAUCCUGAUGGAGCCAACAGCGCCCCCUGCCGCACGGACUGAUCCAUUACCUCCAUUUUUAAGGAGGAGAACUCUAAAUUAUUCCUGAUUUCUGAAGUAAGCCGCUGUAACAGCUGCAUUUUCUUAUGGAUGAAACAGUUUUCCCUGAAGUUUUUCACAUUUUAGCUGAAAAAAUGAAUUCUGCUGUCUGUUUUUAAGCAUCCAGGAUUCCUGGAGACGACCUUUUUCACGUGAUUCCUGCUGAUAAGAACUGAGGACCAUUAGCACAUCUGACUAGUCACGCUAUGUCAAAAAACAUUUAAAGUGUUGGAGUGAAUGUCUGUAUGAUAUUUAAGAGCUGAUGAAAUCUUAAUAAACACAUAUUUAUAUUGUGA